AUGCGUGUCACCAUCGAUCUAGGGUUUUGGAGCCUGGUCCUCGUCGCGGUGGUCUGUGUCGUCUUGCCGGCGAUCGGCUUCUUGAUCCGUCGCCGCUGGCGGCGCGCGGAGGCCAGGGCUGAGGAGAUCAAGCGGCUCCUUGUUCUCGCCGAGGAGGAGUCCGUUAGAGCGGAGACUGAGGCUUCGUAUUACCAACACAGCGUGGUUUCGGUCCCAAAGAACAAAAUAUGUGCCGUGUGUUUCUGUCCCACCACUACACGGUGUGCGAGGUGCAAAGCGGUUCACUACUGUGGGUUCUGUGUUGGGCAUGUGGCCUAUGAGAUGCUAAGUUUGCUUGUUAUUGCCUGUGAAAAUAAAGAAUCGUCUAAGUUUUGGUAUUGUUCUGGAAAGUGCCAAAUUGUUCAUUGGCGCCGAGGUCACAAAGAUGAAUGCCAUCCUCCCAUCCCAACUUUCCAGACUGAUGAUUUGGUAAGUGAUAUUGGAAAGAAGGUAGCAGAGCCAGACUACCAUGGGAUCCCUGAACAGAGUCCUCAGACUGAAAGCACGGAGUAUGUAACAUCAUCUGAUAGAAGCUGUUCUGAUAUUUCACGUGCAAAGGAUUAUAGUGCACAAGUUGAGUCUCUUCAAGAGGGAAAUCUUACAGGCUCUAAUUCUGAAUUAUCUAGUAAUUCAUUCUCUGGAUUCUCAGCUUCCACGGGUGCUAGUGAAUCAUCUGAUUAUUCUUCUGUUUGUGAGAGUAUCAUCUCAAAUGAGCAUGAGAGAUCCGGGGAACAUAUUUUUGUAGACCGCACCCAUGACAUAUCUGAUACCACUUCAAGUCAUAACAGCAUUGGUGAAUCCAUUCCAUUAUCACCUAAGUUUGUUAGUUUGGUUGAUUCAGUAGAUGGUUAUCCAGCAAUGCAAGUUAGACAUGGUCACGGAAAAGAAGAGAGUAAACUCACAUCAGAUAGUCGUUCUGGUUUACGGAUGCGGAAAGGGACAACAAUUGAGCCUUCUAAAGUGUCUUCUGAAUUCUGGAAUAAAACACUUGAUUCAAUGAGGAUAAAAGAUGACACUAAUAGCAACCCUCUUCCAUCCCAGAGUGAUUCUCCUCCAAAGUCAGUUGAGAACAACAUGCCACAUGUAGGAUCAGAAUCUUCAGAGAAAAAUGUUGUAGAUUCUUCAGAUUGUGCUGAUGCUGUGAGCAUACAUAAUUUGCAAACAGUUGGUUCUAAGGUAUCAAAUCAUGUUAUCAACCCUAGUAGCACCUUGGAAUCAGCUGAAAGUAGAGGUCUGCCACGUGCCUUUGCUGAUACUAAGUUAGUUUCUAGAACUAGAACUGAAGAGCAUUCACAUUAUAGGACAAAAUGUGGAAAUAAUGGCAUCCAAUCUGGCACUGUUACUUCAUCUCAGGUUGUUAGCUCUCCAAAUUCUGACCUGAAAACAUAUGUUCUGAAAAAUUCUGAUCAGUAUGGAGGAUCAAAGUUGUCUAAACCCUUUCCAUUAGCUGGUGGGAGUGAUAUUACUGGAAAAUACAGUGACAAGGGUCACUUUCCAUAUGAUUUUUUUGUCAAGCUUUUUAACUGGAACAGGGUGGAGUUGCAACCAUUUGGUCUUACAAACUGUGGAAACAGCUGUUAUGCUAAUGCUGUUCUCCAGUGCUUGGCUUUUACACCACCCCUGACUGCUUAUUUACUUCAAGGACUUCAUUCUAAAUCAUGUGCAAAUAAAAAAUGGUGUUUCACCUGUGAGUUUGAAAGUUUGAUUUUGAAGUCAAAAGACACAAAAUCUUCCAUCUCACCUGUGGGCAUACUCUCUCAACUACAGAAUGUUGGGAGCCAACUUGGUAAUGGAAGAGAAGAAGAUGCACACGAGUUUCUAAGGCUUGCUGUUGAGACAAUGCAAUCCGUUUGCCUUAUGGAUUCUGGGGAUAACACAUCAGACCCAUUAAAAGAGGAAACCAAUUUAAUGGGCCUAACUUUUGGAGGUUAUCUUCAAUCAAAGAUAAAAUGCAUUAAAUGUGGAGCGAAGUCUGAGCGUCAAGAAAGGAUGAUGGAUCUUACUGUUGAGAUAGAUGGGGAGAUAGCAACCCUGGAGGAUGCCCUUCGACAGUUUACAAUCGUUGAGACUCUGGAUGGAGAAAACAAGUACCACUGUGUCAGGUGUAAGUCUUACGAGAAGGCCAAGAAGAAAAUGACAAUUUUGGAGGCACCUAAUGUUCUUACAAUUGCAUUGAAGAGAUUUCAGUCAGGAAAAUUUGGGAAGCUCAAUAAACCUAUCCAGUUUCCUGAAAUACUUGACUUGGCACCUUUCAUGAGUGGGACUAGUGAUUUGGCUAUAUACAGGCUAUAUGGGGUAGUUGUUCACCUGGAUAUAAUGAAUGCUACUUUUUCGGGUCACUAUGUAUGUUAUGUGAAGAAUUUCCAAAGCAGGUGGUUCAAGGUUGAUGAUAGUGUGUGUGCCGGCCUGAACAGGGCCCCAAUGAAUGAUAGGAGGCCAGGGAGCCAGCCUAAACUGAGUCCUGAACGAAAGCUUCCCAAACAAAUUUGUUUUGUGACACCUGUUGAAUUACAAAGCGUCUUGGCAAAAGGAGCAUACAUGCUUUUUUAUGCAAGGUCCGCUUCUUCUUAUGGAUUUAUUUUGUGCUCACCUAGGGCCCCAAGGUUAAUCAGAAACAGUAUAGUAUCUUCAGAUUCAAAAUGGAAACGCAAUGGAAAAACUGUCAUAAAGAGAAGACUAUCUACAGUUUCUGGUGCUGGAGUUAAUUUGACUUCUGCAGAUGGUUCAUCCUCCUUAGAUGCUAUCUAUUCAAAGUUUCUCCACCAGAGAAGGAUUUUGGAAGAAGAUUCAUCAAGUGAUAAUUCAUCCCUGAUUAGCAGCACUUCUGAUGAAGGUUCUUGCAGUACAGACAGCACGAGUGAUUCAACCAGUACCGAGGACUUUGCUGAUUAUAUUUUUGGUGAUUUGGGACGCGGUUCAGGUGGCAUGUUGAGAAAUUCAGAUUCCAACAUUUCCCCUGCAUUGUCAUCUUCUCCCCACUCUAGAUAUUUUUCCUCUUCUGAUAUAGACCCACAUGAUUCAGUUUUGCUACAUUCAACUGGGUUCCAACCACCUGCCCGGGUUCAAAGGUGGAGAUAG